AUGGCGAUCGGAUACUCUGAUCUUGAAGUCUAUCACGGCACAGCGGCAACGGGGCCGAUUCCAGUGCAAGAGGAGAAGAUCUUUACCCAAAUCACCACCAAAAAACAAGAAUCCUCGCAUCUCAAUGGCUCAAAGCCGCCAUCACGGCGAGAAAAAAAUCUGUGCAGCAUCCAGUUCACGCGCACCAGAGCCCUUCUUCUCGUCCUCCUGUUUGUUCUACUGGCCGCUGUAGCAGCUGGCGUAGCAGCGGGCCUGGUUGUUGCCAGAAGCUCAAAGUCUCGAGGCUCCUCAUCCUCAGGAGAGGCCAUAUCCUCCAGCUCAUCAGGCGUGUCCUCAAGCGCCAGCUCAGCAACUCCCACAUCAGUUACUCGAGGACCCGCGACACUCGUCACCUCUACCGAGGUGGUCAGCCCAACGCAGACGCUCUACCGCGACUGCCCUUCGUCUGACAACACUAUAUACAACGGAAAAGGCUCCGACUCAUACCAAUUUCGCAAAAUUUGCGCGCGAAGCUACAAACAGCCCCCAGUCAACCUCGUCAACCAACCUGUCGCGAGCCUCAAUGACUGCAUCGAUAAAUGUGCCGAGUACAAUAUCCGCAACAAGACGGCAAUUGCAUCGGGCAAAAGUAAUCCCUGCAAUGCAGUUUGCUGGCGGAACAGCGCCACGGAUCCUGAUUGGCCUGGGCAGUGCUUCGGUAGCACCACCUUCAACUCGACAGAAGGAUUUCAGACCAGGGACGAGAUUAUAUGCGAUUCCGCAGCAUGGAUCAACCAGAAUAUCUGA